UGCAGCAAUCUCCUCUUUGGGUCAGGAGAAUGCAUAAAAUCCUCUGUGCAGUAUUUCCUUUUGAAAUAUCUCGGGUAAUGCAGGGAUUUAUUUCCGGCCUUCAGGAAAUCUUUGGAGUCAGUGGAGGUAGUCAAGCAGUCUCUGCAGGGGGCAGCAGGGGACGCAGUGAGGUUUGCCAUCGACGUUGGGUACCGCCACUUGGACUGUGCCUACAUGUACCAGAACGAGAGCGACAUCGGGGACGCGCUGCGACGCCAAAUGGAGCAGGGCGUGGUGAGGAGAGAGGAGCUCUUCAUUGUCAGCAAGCUGUGGUCCACCUUCCACGAGAGAUCCCUGGUGAAGGAGGUGUGCCAGAAAACACUUGCUGCCCUCCAGCUGGAUUAUUUGGAUCUCUACCUGAUGCACUGUCCCAUGGGAUUCAAGGCAGGAGAGGAACUAUUUCCUGCAGAUGGAGACGGCAUGAUCAUUCCCAGCAAUACAGAUUUUCUGGAUACGUGGGAGGCUAUGGAAGAGCUCGUGGAUGUGGGAAUGGUGAAGGCUAUUGGAGUCUCCAACUUCAACCAGAAACAGAUCAAUCAGCUCCUGGGCAAACCAGGCUUAAGACACAAACCUGUGAACAAUCAGAUUGAGAGCCACCCCUAUCUUCCUCAGGAAGAACUGAUUAAGUUUUGCCAAUCCAAAGGGAUCUCUGUCACUGCAUAUUGUCCCCUUGGGGCACCCAACUGGCCAGGGUCCAAGCCUGACCAUAUUUCCCUUCUUGAUGAUCCUCGAGUUAAGGAAAUUGCACUCAAGCACAACAAAACCCCAGCUCAGGUGCUUAUCCGGUUCCAAAUCCAAAGAAAUGUGAGUGUAAUUCCCAAAUCUGUCACUCCACAGCGUAUUGAAGAAAAUUUUAAGGUGUUUGACUUUGAGCUGACUGGAGAGGAGAUGGAGACCCUCCUUGGUUUCAAGAAGCGCUAUCGCAUCUGUGCACUAAGCCAAUGCAAAAAUCACAAGGACUAUCCUUUUUUAGAAGACUGACAUGGGCAUCAGCUUCAGAUCCUCUGGGGGAUCCAGACCAGUUAUUGUUAUUUCAAGCAAUUUGCAAUACUUUUUUAAUUCAUAGAGAGAAGGAGACUAUAUAUUAAAAAAUGGGAGAAGCUAACUCAGACAUUCUGAAGAGUCAUCUUUGAACAUGGAUACAUUUGCUUCCUUUAUAUCAACCAAUUGUAUCAGUCCUUUAUCUGCUCUUGUAACACAAUUUUCAGUUGCAGCAAAACAUAUAUUCUCUCUUAAUUUAGUAAUGAUAAUGAAGCUUAAUAAAGCCAUAGAUUGGGAUUAGGGAAAAGCAUUCUUUGUCAUAACUAUAAAUCCUGACUAAGUUUAGAGAAAAUUCAAAUUCUCUGAUUACUUAUACUUUUGGAUAAAAGGUUAAUACACCUACUAUCUUUUAAUUAUCAAUACAAAACAAUCCAUUUCACACCAGAAGAUCUCAAUGACAUGCUGCUUGAGAUGCUGAAUUCAAUUUCAGUGUAACAGACUGAAAGCUCUUUAGAGGACACUGCUGAAUUAUGAUUCAGGAGCUCUUUUCUUAAUGAAGUUUCCUAUUUAUGAACUGCUAAAAACUAAUAAACUACUAGGAGAUUUGUA